UUUAGAUUUAAUCCAUCAAAUGUCUCAGUUUGGUAGUUGUUAAAUACUGAUCGUGGAAUAGGAGAAAAUAUAGUCCGAUGAAAUAUACUGAUUAACAGUGUUUCUUGAUGUCUUAUCUCUUCCUGAUCUGGUUCUCUUAUAGUUUCCUGGUUUCGAGUUCUCAGGUCUGUUGGGCUAGCUUUCAACUCUGUUAUGACAAGAAGGGGAAAAAUAAACACAAUCAUUUGUGUUUUCACUUAUAUGCAACAUUGCUUCAUUCUUAAAAUUGCUUUUCACCCUUUCCCAGUCUGUAUUCUUUACUUACCAUCUUUCUUUCUCGUUAUUAUCGAACGUCAUUUUCCUUUUAAUUUUAGCAUUACAGAACAGUUUGUAACAGCCUUCAGAAUCUUUUCGGAUUUUUAAUUUUACUCUCCUCUAUGUUAUAUUCGGUUGAAAGGUUAAGUCAACUGUGGUGCUCCGAGAAGCAGUUGACAGCGCGGGUAUUGUGUAGUGCUUAUGCGGAAUAUUACGUGCAGAAAAGGAUGAGGCGAAGGACACUUACUCCACCACCGUGGACACCAAAGAAAGACGAAAAUAUUGUUGAACCAAUUGAACCCAGCACGCGAGUCUUACUUCAUCAAUUCAUUAAACUGGAGAAGGAAGUGCAUGGGCCGAUUAUUCGGGCGAAUCCGCAUAUGUCUUUCAAAACUCCAUUAUGUGAAAUACGUCAAGAAACCGAUCGACCAGAAUGGACGCCAGAAUCAAACCGCGUCGGAAUGUUAGCCAGAAAAAUUGGAAUGUUCCCUCAGUGGGGUGCGGAUGGAACUCGGUUUCUGUGCACAUUACUGGAAUUUCCCAGGAAUCUCGUUAUCUCAGCAGUUGAUCCAGAAACUUACUACCGAAUAAGCAUGGUGGGAAGGCGAAAAGCAUAUGGCCGCUAUGGUCCCCGAUGGCGAAUUACGGUUGGAGCUGUUGAUGGUGAUCCGACAAAAUUUACUGCACGAUAUCGUGCUACUUUUGAACGACAUGGUUUUCCUGUAAAGAAAUACAUGGCAUCUUUUUUGGUUACCGAGGAUGCAGUGGUGGAACCGGGAACAGAAUUACAUGUAUGCCACUUCAAAGUUGGUCAGUACAUAACUGCUACGGGACAUACUAUUGAUUGGGGUUUCCAGGGUGGAAUGCACAGAUGGGGCUUCAAAGGUAUGCCUGCUCGAGGAACUACAAAAUCUCAUCGUCGUAUCGGUGCCAUUGGUUCAAAAGGCGAUGCUCGGGUAAGGCCUGGGAAGCGGAUGCCAGGUCAUAUGGGUUAUGAAUGGCGAUCUAUUCCAGGCCUUGAAGUGCUAAGGAUUAAUCCCGAAAAACAGGUAAUGUAUGUUAAUGGAUCGGUACCGGGUGAAACAGGAGAAAUAUUACUCAUCAAGGACUGUUAUCACGAUAAAAAGAAAGUUCAGUAUCCACAUUUCCCUACUUUUUCUUAUGAGAAAGAUUUUGAAACUGAAACAAAGUGUAAUGAUGAUCCUUAUUCGCCGUUCGUUUAUGAAGAUGGUGAAUUUUUCGCUCGGCGAUUAUUUAGGAUGACGAUGCCUUCAAUAGUUUUCACAGAACCUGAAAAUUUCAAAACAACGAAAAGAGAUAAGACAAAGGCAAAAACAGCCAAAGUGAAGAAGUAAUUGCUUGGGUCGGUUUUUCAGAAAUCGAUAGAUGUCCCUAAUUUUCUUGCUUUGUUCUUUUCUUUUGCCUGAUCACUUGGAGUGUUUUGAAGAUAAAAGAGCAGAUUAUUCUUUUCUAUUAUUUGGUUUUCGGUUUUUAAUAUAACUUGGGUUUAUGUAACUUUACUGGUUGAUUUUGUAAGCCGUAAGCUUUCUAAGUAUGUGAUAAGCAUAGCAAAGUUUGGCAAACUUGAGCAUUUUGUUUUCCCUUACU